AUGAACUUCGAUUUACCAGAGGAAUUGAAAUCCCAUCUUCAAUCUAUAGAAUCUUCCAUCAAUUACACAAUCCUUCCCCUCCAGCACUCCGAAGAUAACAACCGUCUCUUCGAUCACAGACGAGAGCAUCACCAAACAGAUUGGGACAAUGAUGGCAAUGCGCGUCCGGAGUGGGAAGCGCUCCUAGGCCAGGCUCGCAAAUUGAGCGACGAGGCGGGCCUAUAUCGCUUCGCACUCCCCAAACAAUAUGGGGGCGAGGAGCACCCCCAUAUGAACGCUUGGAUAUCAGCAAUUAUUCACAACUUAGCCUUGCAUCUGACUUAUGGAGGCGGACUUGGAUUGGCAAACGAUUUGCAAAAUGAGCAUAGCAUCGUGGGAAACUUCCCUGAUAUUUUUAUGAUCCACCAUUUUGGCAGCGAAGAGCAGCGCCGCACGUUGAUUCCUGUUCGCCUCCAUGGCGAGUUUCGGACAACUUUCGGUCUCACAGAGCCAGACCACGGGAGUGAUGCUACUUUUAUGUCUACUAUAGCUCAUCGCGAUCGUGGUGGCUUCGAGAUUACUGGGAUGAAAAAGUAG